UUGACUGCUGCAGCUGUAUCAAGUGGGCAAGGUGGAUAAACAUGGGGGUUUAACAUGAAACAGUCUGGGUGGAUGAAAGAAGGCAAUGAAAGACCCUGUGAAAUGUUGUUGAUGAGAAAGGGCUAGGGACAGGCUGCUGUGUUCUAGAGAUGACUGGGCUCAGGCUAGAAGUGAGGGUUUGGUGGGGGAUUUCCAGGGUGGGUCUGACUAGGCUGUAGGUGGAGAUCAGCCUAGUCUGGCCCAACUCUGACUCAAGGUCAUGGCCUCUAGAGCAUGACCUUCCUCUUGAUGUUGCUGCUCAUCUUCUUCUACAUUUUUGCCGUGGCUGGUGUCUACUUCUUCGAGAAUUACACCCGUUCAACUCGCCAGGACCUGGAGUAUCACAUGUUCUUCUCGUAGGCAGGACUGGGGGAAGCCUGGGUUGGGGGAGAGAGUUUGGGCAUGAGACUGGGAAGCUAGUCCAAAGUACAGUAAUACAAAAAGUAUAAUAUAUUGUAAGAAACGGGAAUAGAACACAGUAAGGAGAGGUAAAGAGAAAGCAGAGGAAUAGUGAGAGGUAUUAGCUCCAAUUUUGAGGAUAGGUCAGGUACUCCUGGUUUGCUUUGGGUUUUGCAAAUUCAAACUUACCCUCACCUUUAAAUAGCAGUAUACUCCAUGGGUUAAGCCCUGGUUUCUGUCUCAGUUACCUCUUUUGAAAAAUGGGAUUAAAAGUAGUACUACUUCAUAAGAGUGUAGGGAUAAAUGAGGUAAUUCAUUUAAGCAUUUAGCACAGCAUUUCACACAUUGUAAGUGAUCAGUAAAUGUUACUGUGACCUCAAACAUGGUCACUGGUUUUACCCCAGUCUCUUAAAUGUAGAGAUUACACAUGCACAUACUUAAAUUCUUUCAAAAGUAAAAUCCUGAUAAGCUUUUUGUCUAGAGGACACUGAUUACUAGUAGAAAGUCAAUUUGGAUUUCGAGGAGACAGUGUUAUUUGUGAAUUGGAAUCCAAUCUUGUCAGCACCUCUCAGGUCUCUAUCUUAGACUAACAGGUAGUUUUGUAAGAGUAUUGACUUGGGGAAGUCCUAGAAUUCAUUCUGUUCAGGCUCUGAUGUUUUCAGUAAUAUGUAUAUUGAGGGAUAAGAAGGAAAAUUUAGAUAUCUUCCUGAGACCUUUUGUGAUAUAUUCAUUAUCAUUCAUUAUUUGGAGUCACAUGUUUGUGUCACAUAUCCAUCCAUUUACUUGACUGUCAGUUCAUGCCAGCAAACUAAGUAGGCACGAUGUUUGCUAAAUUUGUAUGUGACUUUCCGUUAGGCGAAGUCCAUAGAACAGUGGAGAAUGAACUUAGAAAAAAAUGAUGUGUAAUUGGUGAUUCAAUUUUUAAACAUUCAGUUAAUACCUAUGUAUUAAACACCUACUGUGCCCCAGGCAGUGAUGGAAUGGUGAGAGCUAUUCAUAGAUUAUUCAUGAUAAAGGAAAACCUAAUAAAACAAUCUCAAACCGAAGAAAGAUUAGGUAAAAAAUUGAGUAUGGUAGAAAAGGGGCUAAAGUCAGAGCAAACUACAAAGAAAUGCUCUUAUGUUGCUUUGAGAGUAAGAAUGAUAGUGUUUCUUAGAGAAUUAGCUCUCUCUGUCUAUACACACACCUCCUUUUUCUUUAGGGACCUGCUGAAUUCCGUAGUGACAGUGUUCAUUCUCUUUACUAUGGAUCAUUGGUAUGCACUGCUUCAGGAUACCUGGAAGGUGCCUGAAGUCAGCCGUACCUUCAGCAGCAUCUAUGUCAUCCUCUGGUUGUUACUUGGUUCCAUUAUCUUUCGAAACAUCAUAGUAGCCAUGAUGGGUAAGCAUAGAAGAGGUGAAACUUGGUGAGAGGGGUGUUUGGGAAGAAAUUAGAGCGAAAGCUAGGAUUGGUGAAUUACGGAGAGAGAGAACCUGAUGUAACAGGAAGGUGCGGGGCCUGGAAUGGAUAUUUCACUUGGUUUCUCCCCACCCAAGCCCUCUCCCCAUGUCUAGUCACCACCAUCUCCCAACUCCUAAUGGCCCUUUGGGGCAGUUACUAACUUCCAGAAUAUCAGAAAUGAGCUGAACGAGGAGAUGACACACCUGGAGGUUCAGCACAAAGCCGACAUAUUCAAGCGUCAGAUUAUCCAGAGGUCUGCUUCCCCAUUUUCAAACCCAGCUUUAGUUCAUGAGGGUGCCCUGAUCUCAUUCUCUGUUUCCGCUCCUUGGCCGCAGUGCCAUUUUCCCCUUUGUGACAGAUUUGCCUCAGAGUUAGAAUUCCCCAGCUCUAAAAUACUGCCUGAUUCUUUAUCCACUGUCAGGGCUUCCCCACUCUUUUUCACUCCUUUACUACAACUUAUUCUCCUCACUUGAUGAUCAGAAUUCUUUUUUCCUUACUACACUCCUGCUUCAGUGUAACUCUCUUCACUCUUUUGUGUUUUUUGCUUUGCAGGAGACAAAACCUAAUCCCCGAGGCACAGAGGUCAAGCGUUAGCAAAAUGGAUGCCAGAGAUGCCAAUCAACAAGGGGAAUCUUUGGAAGAGUCCAAAUACAGUGCCACUAAAGAGAGUUCAAGAGCAUCUAAGUCAAAAACAAAGAAGUCCUUGUCAAAAGUGAAGAAGUCUGCAUCUUCCUCUUCCUCCUCAUCUUCAUCUUCCUACUGUUCCUCUUCUUCUGGCUCCAGAUAUUAUGACCGUAUUGACCCUCCCAGAUUACACUCCUGAUCUCCAGAACUGCUCCAUCUCUAUGUCUGCCUACUCCUAUCUGCAUCCUGGCUCCUCACUGAAGUUUACAGUGUCAGUGGAGACUCAGGCUGCCUGCAGUGCCCUGCCCUCACCUGGCUAUCCCACACAAGUGACUCUGGCCCCUACUGGGCCUCAGUCCCUGGACCCUGGUCUCUCCCUCCUGAAGUCUUGGCUCUCCGUUCUGGACCAGGCUCCCCAGGGGUCCCUCAGCCGCUCACGGUUCUCUGCAUUCCUGGCCAACAUUUCUUCUUCCUUUGAGCCUGGGAGGAUGGGGGAGGGACCGGUGGGAGAGCCCCCACCUCUCCAGCCCCCUGCCCUCCGGCUCCAUGAUUUCUUAGUGACGCUGAGAGGCAGCCCAGACUGGGAGCCAAUGCUGGGGCUGCUGGGGGAUGUGCUGGCACUGCUGGGACAUGAGCAGACCCCCCGGGACUUCCUGGGGCACCAGGCAGGUGUGCUGAGUGGACUUGCAGAGGUGCUGCUGGGAGCCUUAGUUCCCGGGGGACCCCCUAGCCCUACCCGGCCCCCAUGCACCCGUGAUGGGCCCUCUGACUGCGUUCUGGCAGCUGACUGGUUGCCUUCUCUGCUGCUGUUGUUAGAGGGCACACGCUGGCAGGCCCUGGUGCAGGUGCAGCCCAGCGUGGACCUCGCCAAUGCCACAGGCCUCGAUGGGAGGGAGCCAGCCCCCCACCUUUUGCAGGGUCUGUUGGCUUUGCUCACCCCAGUGGGGGAGCUGGGCUCUGAGGAGGCUCUUUGGGGAGGUCUGCUGCGCACAGUGGGGGCCCCCCUCUAUGCUACCUUCCAGGAGGGGCUGCUCCGAGUCACUGACUCCCUGCAGGAUGAGGUCUUUUCCAUUCUGGGGCAACCAGAGCCUGAUGUCAAUGGGCAGUGCCAGGGAGGCAAUCUUCAGCAGCUGCUCUUGUGGGGCAUCCGGCACAAUCUCUCCUGGGAUGUGCGGGCAUUGGGCUUUCUGUCUGGAUCGCCACCUCCACCCCCCGCGCUCCUCCAAUGCCUGAGCACAGCUGUGCCUCUGCCCAGGACUUCCCAGCCCUCAGCCCACAUCAGCCCUCGCCAGCGGCGGGCCAUCUCUCUGGAGGCCCUCUGCGAGAACUCCGCAGGCCCAGCACCGCACUACAGCAUUUCCAACUUCACCCUCUACGUGAUCUGCCAGCACAUUAAGCCUGUCUCCCCGCAGCCCCCUCCCAGCACUGCUGCCAUCUGUCAGACAGCUGUGUGGUAUGCAGUCUCAUGGGCACCAGGUGCCCAAGGCUGGCUCCAGGCCUGCCACGACCAAUUUCCCGAAGAGUUCCUGGAGGCAAUCUGUAGCGACCUCCCCUUUUCCACCCUGUCGUUUCCCAACCGCCGCUUGGUAAAGCGGCUCUGUGCGGGCCUGCUCCCACCCCCUACCAGCUGCCCUGAAGGCCUGCCCCCUGUCCCCGUCACCCCAGAGAUCUUCUGGGGCUGCUUCUUGGAGAACGAGACUCUGUGGGCUGAGCGGCUGUGUAGGGAGGCGAGCCUGCAGGCUGUGCCCCCCAGCAACCAGGCUUGGGUUCAGCAUGUGUGCCAGGGCCCCACCCCGGAUGUCACGGCCUCCCCACCCUGCCACAUUGGACCGUGUGGGGAACGCUGCCCAGAUGGGGGCAGCUUCCUGAUGAUGGUCUGUGCCAAUGACACCAUGUACGAGGCCCUGGUGCCCUCCUGGCCUUGGCUAGCAGGCCAGUGCAGGAUAAGCCGUGGGGGCAAUGAUACUUGCUUCUUGGAGGGGUUACUGGGCCCUCUUCUGCCCUCUCAGCCCCCACUGGGACCGUCCCCACUUUGCCUGGCCCCAGGCCCCUUCCUGCUUGGCAUGCUGUCCCAGCUGCCACGCUGUCAGUCCUCCGUGCCGGCCCCUGCGCACCCCACACGCCUACACUAUCUCCUGCGCCUGCUGACCUUCCUCCUGGGUCCAGGGGCCGGAGGGAAGGAGGCCCAGGGGAUGCUGGGUCAGGCCCUGAUGCUCUCCAGUCUCCCAGACAACUGCUCCUUCUGGGAUGCCUUCCGCCCCGAGGGCCGGCGCAGUGUGCUGCGGACAGUCGGGGAGUACCUGGAACAGGAGGAGCAGCCGGACCCCCUGGACUUUGACCCCACUGACAGCUCCAGCUCUGGUGUAAGCAAGAUGGAGCUGCUGGCCUGCUUCAGCCCUGUGCUAUGGGAUCUGCUCCAGAGGGAGAAGAGUGUUUGGGCCCUGCAGAUUCUAGUGCAGGCCUACCUGCACAUGCCGCCAGAAAAUCUCCAGCAGCUGGUGCUUUCAGCGGAGAGCGAGGCUGCUCAGGGCUUCCUGACGCUCAUGCACCGUUCCUGGGCCCAGAUGCAGGUGCCACCAUCUGAGGAGCAGGCCCUGGGUCGUUUGACAGCCUUGCUGCUCCAGCGGUACCCGCGCCUCACCUCCCAGCUCUUCAUCGAUCUCUCACCACUCAUCCCCUUCUUGGCUGUCUCCGACCUGAUGCGCUUCCCACCAUCCCUGUUGGCCAAUGACAGUGUCCUGGCUGCCAUCCGGAAUUACAGCCCUGAAAUGAGGCCUGAACAGAAGGAGGCUCUGGCACGGCGACUGCUGGCCCCUGAGCUGUUUGGGGAAGUGCCCGCCUGGCCCCAGGAGCUGCUAUGGGCAGCGCUGCCCCUGCUCCCCCAUCUGCCUCUGGAGAACUUUCUGCAACUCAGCCCUCAUCAGAUCCAGGCCCUGGAGGAUAGCUGGCCAGCGGCAGGUCUUGGGCCAGGACACGCCCGACAUGUGCUGCGCAGCCUGGUGAACCAGAGUGUCCAGGAUGGAGAGGAGCAGGUGCGCAGGCUGGGGCCCCUCGCCUGUUUCCUGAGCCCUGAGGAGCUGCAGAGCCUGGUACCCUUGAACGAUCCAAUGGGGCCGGUAGAACAGGGGCUGCUGGAAUGUGCGGCCAACGGGACCCUCAGCCCACAAGGACGGCUGGGCCUCCGCUUCCUGCAGGAGCUGUCAGAGCCCCAGCUUAGAGCCAUGCUUCCUGCGCUGCAAGGAACCAGUGUCACACCUGCCCAGGCUGCGCUACUGCUUGGACGGCUCCUCCCGAGGCGUGACCUGUCCCUGGAGGAACUCUGCUCCUUGCACCCUCUGCUUCCAGGCCUCAGCUCCCAGACAUUCCAGGCCAUCCCUAGGCGAGUUCUGGUUGGGGCCUGUUCCUGCCUGGCCCCUGAACUGUCACGCCUCUCAGCCUGCCAGACUGCAGCACUGCUGCAGACCUUUCGGGUGAAAGAUGGAGUAAAAAACAUGGGUGUAACAGGUGCCAGUGCAGCUGUGUGUAUCCCUGGUCAGCCUAUCCCCACCACCUGGCCAGACUGCCUGCUGCCUCUGCUCCCACUAAAGCUGCUACAGCUGGACUCUGCUGCUCUUCUGGCUAACCGAAGGCGUUACCGGGAGCUGCCCUGGGCUGAGCAGCAGGCACAGUUUCUCUGGAAGAAGAUGCAGGUGCCCACCAACCUGACCCUCAGGGAUCUGCAGGUUCUGGGUACUCUGGCAGGGGGCAUGUCCUGUGAGUUUCUGCAGCAGAUCAACUCGAUGGCAGACUUCCUUGAAGUGGUACACAUGAUCUAUCAACUGCCCACUGGGGUUCGAGGGAGCCUGAGGACCUGUAUCUGGGCAGAGCUACAGAGGAGGAUGACAAUGCCAGAGCCAGAGCUGGCAACCCUGGGGCCAGGACUGAGUGGGCUGGACACCAAGCUACUCCUGGACUUACCGAUCCGGCUGAUGGACAGACUGUCCAGUGAAUCCAUUAUGUUGGUGGUGGAGCUGGUACGAGGCACUCCAGAGCAGCUGCUGGAACUGACCCCACCCCACCGGGCAGCCCUGGCAGAAAGGGCACUAGAAAACUUGGCUCCAAAGGAGACAACAGUGUCAAGGGAAGUGCUGGAGACAUUGGGUCCCUUGGUUGGAUUCCUGGGGAUAGAGAGCACACGACGGAUCCCCCUACAGAUCCUGCUGGCCCAUCUCAGUCAGCUGCAGGGCAUCUGCCUAGGAGAGCCAUUUGCCACAGAGCUGGGAUGGCUGCUGUUGCAGGAGCCUGUUCUUGGGAAACCAGAGUUAUGGAGCCAGGAUGAAGUCGAGCAAGCAGGACGCCUAGUAUUCACUCUGUCUCCCGAGGCUAUUUCCUUGAUCCCCAGGGAGGCCUUGGGCCCAGAGACCCUGGAGCGGCUCCUAGAAAAGCAGCAGAGCUGGGAGCAGAGCAGAGCUGGACAGCUGUGUGCAGGGCCACAGCUCACUGCCAAGAAAGCAGCCCUGGUAGCUGGGUUUGUGCGGCCCACCGCAGAGGAUCUCCCAGAACCUGUGCCAAAUUGUGCAGAUGUACGGGGAACAUUCCCAUCAGCCUGGUCUGCAACCCAGAUCGCAGAGAUGGAGCUUUUAGACUUUGAAGACUGCCUAGCACUGUUUGCAGAAGACCCAGGACUUGGGCCUGAGGAACUACGGGCAGCGAUGGGCAAAGCAAAACAAUUGUGGGGUCCCCCCGGGGGAUUCCGUCCUGAGCAGAUCCUGCAGCUGGGUCGGCUCUUAAUAGGCCUAGGAGAGAGGGAACUACAGGAGUUGAACCUGGUUGACUGGGGUGUGCUGAGCACCCUGGGGCAGAUAGAUGGCUGGAGCUCCAUCCAGCUCCGGGUUGUGGUCUCCAGUUUCCUGAAGCAGAGUGGUCGGCACGUGAGCCACCUGGACUUCCUCCACCUGACUGCACUGGGUUACACGCUCUGUGGACUUCGGCCAGAGGAGCUGCAGUAUAUCAACAGUUGGGAGUUUAGCCAAGCAGCUCUCUUCCUGGGCAACCUGCAUCUCCCAUGUUCUGAGGAACAACUGGAGGUUCUGGCCCAGCUCCUUGUGCUGCCUGGUGGUUUUGGCCCAGUCAGUAACUGGGGCCCUGAGAUCUUCACCGAAAUUGGUACAAUAGCAGCUGGAAUCCCAGACCUGGCUCUUUCAGCACUGCUGCGAGGACAGAUCCAGGGCCUUACCCCUCUGGCCAUUUCUGUCAUCCCUCCUCCGAAAUUUGCUGUGGUGUUCAGCCCCACCCAGCUAUCUAGUCUCACCAGUGUUCAGGCUGUGGCUGUCACUCCUGAGCAAAUGGCCUUUCUGAGUCCUGAGCAGCGACGAGCAGUUGCAUGGGCCCAGUAUGAGGGGAAGGAGACCCCAGAACAGCAGGGUCGAAGCACAGCCUGGGGCCUCCAGGACUGGUCACAACCCUCCUGGGCCCUGGCAUUGACCAUCUACUUUCUUGGCAACCUGCUAUGAGCCUGUCUCUGCAGUUAAAGAGAGAGAUUGUUGGGAAAGACAUUUUAAGUAAUAAUGAAUAAAGUGCAAAUGGAAGUGCAAUCUAAUUAUCCUCAGGAAGCUGAUGAGGAAUAUGGGUAAAAUGCUAAUGCUUUCCACCCACCUGAGAAUCAGUGUUCCUGGCAUGCCAUAUCUGGAGUCUCUUUCCAUCACAAAUAAUCCCACUGCCUUUUUUUUCUUCUGGAGGCUAGUUCCUCCUCAUCCCACCAUUAGAAAUAACACAACUGGAGCGUAGCCAGUAGUCUUUACUAGGACAGAGGGAGUGAGGGGGGAAAGGGAGGAUCCAGAGUAAGGAGAAUGGGCCACUGUUAGAAUGGCAGAGGUCCUGGGAGUCUUGAGUCAUCUGCUGGGGAUGGGAGUUAAUGCUUGUUGGGGAGAGGCGGAGGGACGCGGAUAUCCUGGCCUCUCUCCAGACGCCGUUCACAGUCAAUCAAAUAGUUUACUCCAUCGAUGACCAGCUGCACCAGCUCCACCUGAAGGACACUAACCCUUGAUCUCUGCUUGCCACAAUCUGACUCUCUUCCGCACUGAUUUGACUGCUCUGGGAACUCGUUUCCAAUUUCCUCCCCACUCAACCUGAAUUUCAUUUCAGAUUCUAUUACAUUCCUGAGGCUCACUCCCUGUCACAUCUCAACCCCCACAGACCUAUCCCGAAUCCCUAAGAAUCUCACCUCUGACUUGCCCAGUCGGUCCAAAUUAGAGAUGUCAAUGAUGCCGCCUGUGGCAGCUGUGUCCACUCCUCCAGUUCCACGUUUUUGGAGUCUUAGGUUCUCUAGGAUCUUUGGGAAGCGGCUAUCCUAGAGGGGAGAUAGAGAUUGGGGGGCAGGGUCAACAGAGGCAGAGAUUGGUCCGACCUGAAAGAGCCCUGAACCCACUCAGAGCUCUUCCCCUUGACUCUUUAGCUACACUAUGUCUGCUCCUUUCCAAUAUGCCCAAUCCCUCCCACCCAUACACAGCCACCUUCCUCCUUCACAACCCUCUAACUCCACAACUCCUUUACUUUGCUUAGCAGGGGCAGUUUGAUGUGCACUCCUGCCCGAAGUCCAGUGCCUAGGUUAGAUGGACAGGUCAAGAUGUAUCCCAAACGCUCAUUCCACAUGAACUCCCAGCCACGCUCCUGGAUCAGCCGCUCCACCUGAGUGCAGAAAGGCUCUGUUAGUGAAAAGUCAGGGAUAUGCUAGCCUUCCCUUAGCUAGACCCACAGGAACUCUAGAAAAUAUGUCUAGAAACAAAGACUUGGGAUGUGAAAGAAUGACACUGAUUU